AUGAUUACGGGUGGCACAUCCGGCAUUGGUGCAGCCGUAGUUCAGCAUCUUGCGACUCGCGGCGCCCAGAUAAUUCUUCUCACUCAUCAUAUGCCCUCGGACCCUUUUCUUGUGGACUACAUUGAUGAUCUGCGCGCCUCAACCAACAACGAGUUGAUCUACGCAGAGCAAGUGGAUCUUUCGUCAUUGCACUCAAUACGAGUCUUUGCGACUAAAUGGGUUGACAACGCUCCUCCCAGGAGACUUGACAUGAUCAUAUUAAGCGCAGACAGUCUGAUACCUAGAUUCGGAAUCACUUCGAAGACAAAAGAUGCAUUGGAUCCUGUUUGGGGGAUCAAUUAUCUUGCAAACUUCCAUCUUCUGAGCAUACUGAGUCCAGCGAUUAGAGCGCAGCCCCCUGAUAGAGAUUUUAGGAUAGUCUUUGCAACAUGUUCCAGCUAUGUUGGGGGCGAUCUGAAGCCUUUGAAAGACACAAGGGACCCUCUGCCGCCAGGAAGAAAGUACGAGACCAGUAAGCUGGCAUGCAUGAUCUUUGCUCAGGCUUUUCAAAAACACCUGGAAGCAUAUCAACGGCCGGACAAACAGCCUAAUAAUGCUCGAGUCAUCGUCGUUGACCCUGGUUUUACUCGGACACCUGGCAUGCGGCGUUGGCUGACGAUGGGUUCACUGUGGGGGUUGUUGUUUUACUUAGUCACGUGGCCUUUCUGGUGGCUUGUGCUCAAAUCCCCUGUGCAAGGUGCUCAGGGUUUCCUCAGAGCUGCGAUGGAGGCAGAACUGGGGAGAGGGUCGGCUGGGAGGUUGUUGAGAGAAUGUAAAGAAGUGGACUAUUUGAGGAAAGAGAUCAGGGACGAGAAUGCUCAAAAGAGAUUAUGGACGUUCAGCGAAAAGCAGGUUGAGGCGCUGGAGAAAGACGGUGCCAUAAAGAGAUCGUUGGCAAAGAAGGAGAAUGAGGAAAUGGAGAAGGCAAAAGCUACCGCGCCAGGCCAAAACGGGAAAGGGGUGGCAGCAGAGAAGGAGAAACCAGCGAAUGCAUCGAAAGCGCCUGGAUCUCGAAGAAGUCGAAAAGCUGGUUGA